CUGCUGCUUUAACUUCCAAAAUCCCAACGGUGCUUGAGUCUUUGUCACAACAUGUAUUGUUAGUUGACUUGGCCAAAACGCCAAACAGAGAAAUCUGAAUCUAUUUCCAUUGUAUUUUUGGUUGGACACUUUCACCGAACAGUUGGCGUGCGCGUGGCACUUCAAUGGAGAAAGUCGCCUACAAGCUUCUACUCUCGUGUCCCUCUGGUCUCGCACCUUCUCAGGUCUCCGUGCUUUUUGAUCAAUCAUACGAUAGAAUUCCCCAUCCUGAUGUUGAGUUAGAAAACUCCAUUGCUGAGAUAUGGGAUCAAAGGGCACAGAAGAAUACAUCACUGUACAAUGGUAAAAAGUUCCGGUAUGGAGGGUAUAACAUCCAUAGUGGAGAUGGAUCACACCAAGAUUCUCAUGUAUGGCUUCACCUUGGUUUGACGGAUUAUAGGACUUUUGUUGGGACAAACUUAAGUCCUUUGUGGGAAAAGUUCCUUGUUCCAUCAGAAGAUGACCCUAUACAAUGUCAACAUACGUCAAGUCCACUGGGUAAUGGCGCAGUUGUGGAGACAUCUGACAAGAAAAUAGUUGUGUUGCGAAGAAGUUCCAAUGUUGGAGAAUUUCCUGGGCAUUUUGUUUUCCCUGGAGGCCAUCUAGAGCCUGAAGAAGUUGGAAUAGCUUCUCAUCAGAGUGGCAAAGACUUUACUGGCUCUGAGAUUAUUAAUAAGAAGGCUUCUCAAGAGAUGUUUGACAGUAUUAUUCGUGAAGUAGUAGAGGAAAUUGGAGUCCCAAUGACAUCUCUUUGCAAUCCACUUUUUAUUGGUGUAUCCCGCCGGGUGUUAAACGUUAGACCUGCAGCCUUUUUCUUUAUCAGAUGCAGCCUUUGCUCAGAAGAAAUUCAACAACUGUAUUGUAAUGCUCAAGAUGGCUACGAAUCAACCCAACUUUUUACAGUUCCAUUGAUCGAAUUAGAAAAUAUGGCAUCUAAAAUGCCCGGCUGCCAUCAAGGUGGAUUUGCCCUCUAUAAGCUGAUGGUGGAAGCUUUGAAGAAUACCUGAUUAUUCAUCGCUGCUGAACAAUUGAAGUUGUUUGCCCUUAGCAUCUCUGUAGUCCUCAGUGACGUCAUUAUGAUUUUGACACACUUAACUUGGUAUUCAUCUUGCAAUUAAAUAUAACAAGGAGGCAUGCUGCUUUAGUCUUUCUAUACUUGCACAAAGAUGAUUAUGCAAAGGUAUAUAUGUUCCAUUUCAUGCUACAACCUUUCUUCUAAACAUUAAUGAGAUGUUAAAACAAUGUGCAACACACGCAAUGACAUUGGACAACAUUAAAUACUUCAAUAUUAAUUGAAUUAAUGUCGUAUUAUCCUUAA